AUUUUUGUAACGGAGAACGCAUACAUGUUUGAACUACAGCCGAGGGUUCUCGUUAAGGCUUAAAGCAUUUUAUUUUUUGUUGCUUUUACCGCAAAAGUAUUUAGUGCACAGAUAAUAAAAAAAAUAUAACCAGUGUCGUACUGCGCAUGCGUACGAAAUGUCAAUGACUGAGCACGCUGUACGCGUGUAGUUUGUGAUAUUUUACGAUACAUUUUAUUAGAAAUGUUAUUAUAAAAGUAAAAGUGACUUUAAAAGUACUAAUAUGGCUAAAGAUAUCGGUUUGGACGCUAUUCUACGAGAGUUGGGUUCGUUUGGGAGGUAUAAUAUAUUGAAUUUUGCGCUGCUAUUAUUCCCAGUAUAUUUGGCGGGAAUGUAUGGAUCGGUAUAUGUGUUCGAGGCACCUGAUAUAAGUUAUAGGUGUAACGUGACACAAUGCGAAGGUCUGAACCAUAGUGAUUGGCUAGAAUAUGCAAUACCAAAGGAAAAGGACAAGUUAUCAAGAUGUGAGAUGUAUCAAACUGUGAAGAAUAGUAGUGAUACUUGUGAUAUUGGCGACUUCAAUACAUCCGCUGCGGUCGUUAGGUGCGACCGAUAUGUUUACAGUGAGGAAUAUUCUGCGGUUAAGGACUUCGAUCUUGGCUGUCAAAAUUGGAAGAGAACUUUGAUAGGAACUGUUCACAAUGCAGGUCUUUUUGUAUCACUACCUCUAACCGGAAUCAUAUCUGACAGGUUUGGAAGAAAAGUCGCCCUGUCUUUAGCGUCUCUUAUGAAUGGUGUAUUCGGAUUUUUAAGAUCCUUCUCCACAAAUUAUAUAAUGAUGCUCGUGUUUGAGUUCCUGGAAGCUAGUUUAGGUGCUGGCGCAUACAGCACUGCCUUUGUUAUUGCAAUGGAAUUAGUUGGCCCUAAAGGUAGAGUAUUUGGUAACACCCUAAUAAACGGUGUUUACGUUAUGGGCUUAAUGUCAUUAGCCUCGUUUUCGUGGUGGCUUCAAAGUUGGAGAAAUGUCCUUAAGCUUAUCUACACUCCAGCGCUUUUCAUCGUCUCAUAUUAUUGGAUUCUCAACGAAAGUAUUAGAUGGUUGCUAAGUAAGGGACGUCGUGAUGAAGCCGUUGAAAUACUAAAGAAGGCAGCUAAAAUGAACGGUGUCAAAUUAUCUGAUGAUGUUUUAUCACCGCUGUACGAACUUGAAAAAUUAAAUGAAAAGGAAAAUGUUACGGAAAAAAAUAAAGAGGACGAAGCAAACGAAGUCAGUAAAGAGGAACCUUCGAAUUUUAGAAAAGUGUUCAAGUCUAGUAUUAUUAGAAAGAGAGUUGCGAUUUGUUCGUUUCUGUGGAUAACGUGUACAUUCGUUUAUUACGGAUUAUCUAUAAAUUCAGUUUCCUUGGCCGGUAAUAAAUAUGUGAAUUUUAUCUUAGUCGCGUUUGUGGAGAUACCGGCGAAUAUAGUGUGUUUGUUGGUGCUGGAUAGAUUCGGAAGAAAAAAAGUGUUAAUUAUAACGUAUGUUUUGAGUGCGUGUUUGUGUAUAAGUUUAUCAUUUUUGCCUAAAGAUCAAAAAUGGUUAUCGCUAUUCCUGUACUUAUCGGGAAAGUUCUCGAUCACAGUAUCAUAUAGCUCUGUGUACAUCUAUGUAUCUGAAGUGUUCCCUACGAACGUGAGACAAUCGUUGUUGGCGAUCUGUUCGUCUAUAGGCAGGGUCGGAUCUACGUUAGCUCCACUAACCCCACUGCUUGCAUUAUACUACGACAAUCUACCAGCCAUUUUCUUCGGUAGUCUAGCUUUAGUUGCUAGUGUACUUGUAUUCUCUCUCCCUGAAACUAUCAACGUUCCCCUACCAGACACCGUUGAGGAAGCUGAGAGAAUAUCGAAAAGAAAAAACAUGGAAUCUGCUUAAACCAUCACAUCUAAUAAAAUCAUCAUUACAAACUUUAAAUUAAAAAAAAAAAAAUUAGUAAACAUUUUUGUUAUGACCAAAAUAUAUUUGACUGUAAAAAUUAGUUUUUGUACUGAAUUUUGACCGAUAUGAAUGCUUCA